AUGGACGCGUUUGCCACUGGCAGCCCCAUGUGGUGGCAAGGGCUUUUGCCGCAUCCAGCAUGGAUUCAAGGUUGUUUGCCAACCAGAAAUGCGCUCUGCUUCAGCGGCCAGUACCGCACCGGCUCGCUGACGUUGCCCUCUGUCAAGGAGUUUGUUCUUCCAUACAUGGGCCAGGUGGAUAUUUUUAUUGUGACCGACGACACGAAUGAUAUUCGAGCGCAAGCUGAAUGUACAACGCAACGCAAGCUCGAUUCAUCGAGCCCGGAAGCGAAACCCCCGUUCCUCAAGAUCGAGAACUUUUACCUUCAUGCGCGUCAUGCUGCCGAUUGCGUGGAUCUGGUCGACGCGUACGCACAAGCUUCCAACAUCUCCUACAAGUUUAUCGUCAAAUCGCGGUUUGACCUCGUAUGGAAGUGCCCGUUUCCAGACUUGAACAGACUGCCUGAUUCCCACGUCUAUGGCCCCAAUUACCAAAUGUACGGCGGCCAGAACGACAAGAUGCUGAUUAUCCCGUACCGAUGGCGCGGGCUGUGGCGAUCCUUCAUGCUGAGCAUGACAGACCACAGCACAAGGCUCGAUCGGGAUCCUGUAUCUGCGGAGCAGUACUUGGCAGCCCAUAUCUACCGGGAGAGGAUUCCUCGCAAGCCCAUUGAGUUGUUUGUACGAAUAAUGCUCUCGAGUGGCAACCUUGGAGUGUACUAA